AGUUUGAACUGCGCUUCGGAACCAGUCCACUAGAGGCGCUACACUCCUCACACACUCCUCAGUGAUCCUUAGCUCCGCCUCCGUGUUCCGGUCGCAUUUGGCCAACAUGGCGGCGUCCAUGGCGAGGACCUGCUGUCAUGUAUCGCGGCAUGGACCCUGUAUAUUACCCAGAAGAACGACUCUUUACCUCUCUCUCAGGUCUAAACUUCACUGCUCUCCCCCUGCACACAACGGACUGCUCUUUUCUCUCAACAAACGCGGUAUUGUGAAGGACUCUUUCCCCGAAGACGCAGCGCAGGACCGGCUCCCUCGGCUGCUCCAGUCCGGCGCGCAGACCUUGUACUGCGGCUUUGACCCCACGGCCGACAGCCUCCACGUGGGCAACCUGCUGGCUAUCAUCGGCCUGUUGCACUUCCGCAGCGCCGGCCACCAUGUCCUUGCUGUUCUCGGAGGGGCCACGGCGCAAAUUGGAGACCCCAGCGGGAAAACGAGCGAGAGGGAGCGGGUGUCCGAGGACGCGGUGGCGGCGAAUACGCGCGGCAUCCGAGAGAGCAUCCAGAGGAUUUUCACCAACCAUGAGCUGCUCUUCCAGGACAGCUCCAGGAGACUGGGCACGGUGACUGUGCUGGACAACCUGAGCUGGUACAAGAGCCGGGGGGUGGUGGACUUUCUGUCGGAGGCCGGGAGACACUUCAGGAUGGGCACCAUGCUCAGCCGCCACAGCGUGCAGGCCCGGCUGAAGAGCGCAGACGGGAUGAGCCUGACUGAGUUCACCUACCAGGUGUUCCAGGCUUAUGACUUCCACCACCUGAACCAGAUAUACGGCUGCAAGAUCCAGCUCGGGGGCACCGACCAGCUGGGCAACUUGAUGUCUGGCCAUGAGUACAUUCACAAAGUGAGCGGUGAGGACGUGUACGGCCUGACCAUCCCGUUGGUGACCAGCUCUGCCGGGGACAAGCUGGGGAAGACGGCAGGCAACGCGGUGUGGCUCAACAGAGACAAGACGUCUCCCUUUGAACUCUACCAGUACUUUCUCAGGCAGCCUGACGCCAGUGUGGAAGGGUACCUGAAGCUGUUCACCUUCCUGCCUCUGGCGGAGGUGGAGAGGCUGAUGGAGCAGCAGAGGGAGGACCCAGGGAAACGCCUCGCACACAAACGGCUUGCAGCAGAGGUGACGAAGCUGGUGCAUGGAAAGGAGGGCCUCGAGAGCGCUAAGAGAUGUACCAACGCGCUGUACCACAGCAGCGUGCAGGCCUUGGAGGAAAUGAGUGACGAUGAGCUUCAGGAGCUCUUCAGGGAGGCUCCCUUCCAUGAGCUGCUGCUGGAGCCGGGUACCACGGUGAUAGACGCCUGUCGCAGGGUCAACGCCAUCCCAGCGGGACCCAGAGGGUAUCAAAUGGUUUCAGACGGAGCCGUGUGGAUCAACCACAGGCGGACGGACCAACCGGAGCAGAUACUGAUCCCCAAACUCCAUAUCCUAUCGAAUGGACUCACCCUGCUCAGAGUGGGCAAGAAGAACUUCUAUAUCAUCAAGUGGCUCUCUCUCUGAGGCGGUCUGCUAUCGCAAGGGACCACUUUGAAAUAUGAUGGACUGGCUGGGAAGGUAGGCCACUAGCAGGGUCAGUGAGGAGACGUGGAUGGACUGAUGUUUUGGAACAUACUUGUUUUUUUGGCGUAGCGAUAUGCCUGUUGUUGUCAUAUAAAUAUGUAUAUGUAGAGAUGUGAUGUAUAUCUAAAGCUAUGGUAUUAAAAAGG